GGUCCCGUACUAGUCCUGGCAAAGGUUCCGGUAACUGUAGCAACAGAUACCUACUGCCCCUCCUGCACAGCUGUGGUCGAUCAGCGAUGUCAAGACGUUACAAACGCACGAACCCCCUCGCUGUCUCCCUGGCGUUUGUGGGGUAGCUCCUUCACAUGUACAGCACCCGACCUCCCUCCCCCGACUCCUUCCGUGGGCCUGAACCUGGAGGUACUUAGGCCUCCCAAUGCUGGAGAGGCUCUGUAGAGGCGUCGAGGCCACGUUUCCAGUCCCCUCUCCACCCGUGUCUCCCCAGGGGAUGAGUUUUGAAGGCAAGACUUUGCGGGAGUCUGGCGUUAAUACGCAUCCUAAAAACCUGGAGUCAAUAAGGACUGAAGACACGACGCCGACGGCGGCCGGGUACUCCGGGCACGCGCGUCUCAUCCAGGGCGAGGCCAAGCGGAGCCUCUGACCCUGCCCGCGCCCAGGGAACAGCAGUGGGGGGGUCGUCCCGCCCCAGAUCCGACGGAGAUGGACCCCCUUGACCCACAGGCCUUUUGAGACGCGAGCUUCCGCGAUCCGAGGUCUCUGUGCGAACGUGGGCAUCUUGGAAGAGUCCCAGCCCCGCUCGGGCCGCACAGGGAAGCGCUCUCAGCACCGCAACCGCUCCUCGGCUCGGAACAGACAUGCUUCCGGGGUCGGCCGGCACCGCAGAGCCUCCUGGGUAACGAGCCCGCCCCACCCGCGCCAGGUUCCGGCGUCGGCGUGUGGCGCGUUGUUGACGGGCAGGUUGCGUAGCCAAUUACCGCUAGGUGUCGUCCCGCUGGUCGCAAGCCGAACCAAUGACACGCGACGGGGCGGGGCGGUGGUGGCCGUGGAGCGUCGCGAGGAGCCGCCCUGCGGGAAGAAGCCGAAGGGGAGUCGGCGGCACAAAAUGGCGGCGGCGGCGGCGGCGGCGGCUGGGGCUGCAGGGUCGGCAGCUCCCGCGGCAGCAGCGGCCGGCGCGCCGGGCUCUGGGGGCGCUCCCUCAGGGUCGCAGGGGGUGCUGAUCGGGGACAGACUGUACUCCGGGGUGCUCAUCACCUUGGAGAACUGCCUCCUGCCUGACGACAAGCUCCGUUUCACGCCGUCCAUGUCGAGUGGCCUCGACACCGACACAGAGACCGACCUCCGCGUGGUGGGCUGCGAGCUCAUCCAGGCGGCCGGCAUCCUGCUCCGCCUGCCGCAGGUGGCUAUGGCUACCGGGCAGGUGUUGUUCCAGCGGUUCUUUUAUACCAAGUCCUUCGUGAAGCACUCCAUGGAGCAUGUGUCAAUGGCCUGUGUCCACCUGGCUUCCAAGAUAGAAGAGGCUCCAAGACGCAUACGGGAUGUCAUCAACGUGUUUCACCGCCUUCGACAGCUGAGAGAGAAAAAGAAGCCCGUGCCUCUACUGCUGGAUCAAGAUUAUGUUAAUUUAAAGAACCAAAUUAUAAAGGCGGAAAGACGAGUUCUCAAAGAGUUGGGUUUCUGCGUCCAUGUGAAGCAUCCUCAUAAGAUAAUCGUUAUGUACCUUCAGGUGUUAGAGUGUGAGCGUAACCAACACCUGGUCCAGACCUCAUGGAAUUACAUGAACGACAGUCUUCGUACCGACGUCUUCGUGCGGUUCCAGCCUGAGAGCAUCGCCUGUGCCUGCAUUUAUCUUGCUGCCCGGACACUGGAGAUCCCUUUGCCCAAUCGUCCCCAUUGGUUUCUUUUGUUUGGAGCAACUGAAGAAGAAAUUCAGGAAAUCUGCUUAAAGAUCUUGCAGCUUUAUGCUCGGAAAAAGGUUGAUCUCACACACCUGGAGGGUGAAGUGGAAAAGCGAAAGCACGCUAUCGAAGAGGCAAAGGCCCAAGCCCGGGGCCUGCUGCCUGGGGGUGCACAGGUGCUGGAUGGUACCUCAGGGUUCUCACCUGCCCCCAAGCUGGUGGAAUCCCCCAAAGAAGGCAAGGGGGGCAAGCCUUCCCCACCCUCUGCAAAGAGCACCAAGAGGAGGGCGGAGGGCGCCAAGAAAGCCAAGGCCGACAGCCCCGUGAACGGCUUGCCGAAGGGGCGAGAGAGUCGAAGUCGGAGCCGGAGCCAUGAGCAGAGCUACUCGAGGUCCCCAUCCCGAUCGGCGUCUCCUAAGAGGAGGAAAAGUGACAGCGGCUCCACGUCUGGCGGGUCCAAGUCGCAGAGCCGCUCCCGGAGCCGGAGUGACUCCCCACCGAGACAGGCCCCCCGCAGUGCUCCCUACAAAGGCUCUGAGAUUCGGGGCUCCCGGAAAUCCAAGGACUGCAAGUACCCCCAGAAGUCACACAAGUCUCGGAGCCGGAGUUCAUCCCGUUCCCGAAGCAGGUCACGGGAGCGGGUGGAUAAUCCAGGAAAAUACAAGAAGAAAAGUCAUUACUACAGAGAUCAGCGACGGGAGCGCUCGAGGUCAUACGAACGCACGGGCCGUCGCUAUGAGCGGGACCAUUCUGGGCACAGCAGGCAUCGGAGGUGAGGUGGGGUUGCAGUGACUGGCGGCCACAGGCCCUUCCUUGGGGGGUUCCUGAUGGCUGCCCUUUGACCCCCGGUGGCUGCCCUUUGACCCCCGGGUGUGCUCCCUCAGCGCAGGUGACCCUAGAGCAGGAUUCUUUUUGGAAAUGUAUGUUGAGUGGACCUUGGUGGAUUUGGAAAUGGAACGGAGGGACCGGUGACACGUGCUUCAGACUGGUCUGGGGUGCGGCGCACACCUGGGCCCGUGCAGGGCCCAGCUCGGCGGCAGCUCUGAGGCCAGCUCAAUGAAAAAGUGAACACACACGCCCCUGUUGGCGUGGCCUGGCGUGGCCUGGUGCUAUCGGCAGCCGCUCUCCACUCCCCGACUGAUACUCAAUUACGUGAAGCCAAGAAAGAUGAUUUUUAGAAUCUUUGCCUAUAUUAGGUUGUACUUAUGUACAUAUUUUGCAGUGUUUCACAAGAGAAAAUGGCCUUAAUUGCCCUUUGUUCUCUUUCCACGUUGUAAAUAAACAUGUGUUUAAUACAAGUUAAAGCUA